AUGCGCGUGGAGGACAGUCGCCUCCCCAAGCGCAUGCAGUUAGGAGCGAUGGCGGGGGGCGUGGAAUACCGGGGCGGGCAGGAGAGCGACUGGGUGUCUCGUCUAGGAGAGGACCUCGUGGCCUUCAACAUGGGAGUCGAACAGGAAGGGGGGAAAUGGAAAGAGAGCGCCAAGGACCCGGAGGUGUGGUACAACAAGGUCGAGGACGGGGCGGCAUGGUUCAUGAGGAAAUGGCACGUGCAGGAGGCGGUAGCGUCCGCGAAGCGCCAGCGCGCGAGGGAAGCAGAAGCAAAGAGUACGGCCAUCGCAGGACCGAAGAGAGAGUCGGGGAAGCGGCGGUGA